CGAUAGGAAUAGUUGAGAAAGACAACCAAGGAACGAAGAAGCGAUAUAUUUAGUUUGUUGAAGCAAACACAGCCUUAUUGGAGUCGUUAGCAAGAAACCACAGCGUUGAUUUUCUUCUAUUUUUGGAUCACCUUAACGAGGUUUAGUUUUCUCAAUCAUAUACAAUCCAAUUCGUAAGCCUUAAGGUUGAGUUUCAAAAUUUUUUUUAAUCGGCCAAGAAAUUUCUUCGCUGAUAACAAGUAAAUUAUCAGAACCGCUUUGUAUCUCUUUCCCUGCUUUUUUAAGGAAAGAUUGUCUGCAAUCUGAGGUUUUUCUCUUUUCCUAAAUUCAAGAAGAAUGGCGUCAAAGAGCUACUUCAAACAAGAGCACGAUCUUGAGAAGAGAAGAGCUGAGGCUGCUAGAAUCAGGGAGAAAUACCCAGACCGUAUCCCUGUGAUUGUGGAGAAGGCAGAAAGAAGUGAUAUUCCAAGUAUUGACAAGAAGAAGUACCUUGUACCCGCUGAUCUGACAGUUGGACAAUUUGUCUAUGUUAUCCGCAAAAGGAUUAAAUUAAGUGCAGAAAAGGCAAUAUUUAUCUUUGUGGACAACGUGCUUCCACCUACUGGAGCAAUUAUGUCUGCUAUAUAUGAGGAGAAGAAGGAAGAGGAUGGUUUUCUUUAUGUUACAUACAGUGGGGAGAACACCUUUGGGGAUCUGACUUCUCACUAGCAUUCUAAAGAUUGGCACAAUAAUAAUCUGAUAAUGAUUGCUUCGUCAUUGACCAGUCUCAUAAAUUUGUAUCGGUACUCGAUAUCAAACGACAUUGCUCUCAAUACUAUGUACAGCUGUAUAUAAAUUCUAAGAAGAACCUGUUAAUGUUAAAAGUUUCCUCCUUUUCAUUAUUGCAA